AUGGAUAACGACAUGUCUAUGGAUCAAUGCUUGGCUUUCCAAAAACAAUGCUUGGAAAAUCAUUUGAAUGAUGAUCUAAAAAUCACAUUGGCUCUACCAAUUGAACUACUAUCUGUUAUCUCUGAAUACAAUGUGGAUUUUGGGGAUUUUACUAUACAUGGUUUUGACUUCUCUAAAACGGUUGAAUUUCAAGGCUGGAAACCAUACUUUGAUCUUCUUAAAGGACCAACCUUUCCAGAACUUGUCAAGGAAUUUUGGAAAAAUGCUUAUAUUAUGAAUAAUACUUUGGUGUGCUCAAGUAUUAAAGGUCAUGACAUAAACAUUAAUUUGGAUAACAUUGUUAAGCUUUUAUCUCAUGACAACACUAGAUAUCACUGUCACAACAGAAGAGAAGCUAUGAUGAACAACAAGCUAACUUAUCCUGAGCAGAUUCAUAUGAUUACUCCUACCUUAUUCAAAGAUGGUAAGGAUUCUAACCUAGCUUCAAAGUUGUAUGAUAAUCUUAGAAUCUGGCUCAAUAUCAUUUAUAGGAGCAUCUAUAAUACUACAACGGAAAAUCCAACAAAAUUUGAUUUUGAUCUAAAGUACAUGAUAUUCUAUCUGGCCAAAGGAAAGAAGAUCAAUCUACCAACAUUUCUCUUCAACUAUUUACGUGAUUCUAUCAAUCGUUCAAAGAGAAUGCUAGAAAGUAAAAGAACCUGGAUUCCUUAUGGAAGGUUAAUAUCUGUUAUUCUCAUUGACAACAACAUUAUAAAAUUGAUAAACCCUCCAGUAGCACCAAAAAUGAGUUACGGAAAAUACUUCCAUUAUGAAGAGGUGGUGAAGCUGGGAAUAAUCAAAUCAUCUGCUAUGCGUAAUCCAGAAACUGACUCAAGCAGAAAAAGAAAAAAAGAAGUUGGUGAAAGCAGUUCAAUUAAAGAAAAAGAAGUAAUUGAAGAGGUUGCCACUAAAAAGGAUUUUACAGAAACCCCUAUAAAUCAAGCAACUCAAUCAGAUGGGCUGCAUUCCUCUGAAGUUAAUAUGUUUUCUCAAGUAUUAAAUACCUUAAUAGAUGUGCAGAAAGAACAAAAGAGACUCGAUGCAAAAAAUAAUGAACAAGAAGAGGUCAACAAAAAUAUCCUGGAUAUGAUCACUUAG